AUGAUAACAAUUGUUGUUCGUUCGGGAUCAGCUGAGAUCACUCGUUCAUGCAAUCGUGUUAUGUUGUUGAUUGUCAAAAUUGAAACGAAUACAUGCAUUCAGGCGUCAGCUAUGAAAACGCAGAAACUGGAACCAUUCAACGAGGUGCUCCAGCGUCAAGUACCUCGCGAACUCGGUAAGCCAAUUCCAAUGAAAGCUUACAACAUUGCGCAUCCGAAGAACUGUGGUGAUCCGUGGAUUGGAGCGUAUUCAAAGCAUGGCUUCUGGUACAAAUUCGUUGCUGGUAAUUUGAACGACUAUGAAAAGAUCGUGGCCAUUUCGUUCGAAGCAGAUGGCUACUGCAUGAAUUAUGAAUCGUUUGAGAGUUGGAAGAGUGCAUUUGGAGAGGAUUCGUUCACGUUUAUUGUGGCAAAGAAUUUAAAGGAAGAUGUAAUUGGCUCGAUUGGAUUCGCAAUUUAUGAAGGAACGGUAGUGAUCGGUAUUUAUUAUGUGGUCGAAGAUUAUCGUCAUUCUGGCAUUGGCAAUCAGUUAUUCAAAGAAGCUCUUAAACGAUGCAGCAGUCACAAGAAUAUUUUAUUUCACUCUUAUAAACCAUCUGGCAUUGAAUCACUGAAGGAUUCCGAUAUCAGCGUGAAACAACUGGACCAGUUGACAUCGACUGAGCAAUCGGAUUUGUUGAUGUACGAUAGGGGGAUCUGUAGCGAAAAUCGAUCUCAGUGGUUUCGCAAUUGGCUGCAGCAUAUUGAUUCCAACACAAUUUUGGCUUUCGAUGGACAAGGUAAAAUCACAGGAUUCGGGAAUCUGAGAGAGUUGUCGGGUGGUUUUGUGCGAAGACUUCUUGUUGGACCACUCUAUGCGGACAAUGCAAAAAUAGCUGCUGCAAUUCUGUUCCAUCUUCUUGCGAAAUUCUAUCACCCCGAGAACGAUAGCGAUUGGGACCCGGAUGUUUUUGCGGUCUAUAGACGCAGUGUGCACUUCAUAAUGCCGGAGUGUAAAACUGACAUGUUAGGCAUCAUGCAGAAGUUGAGCGGUGAUAAGGGCAGCAUCAGAAAGCAGCGAUUACGUUAUAAGGUGCUUGAUUGCGUUAUUGAUAGGAUGGAUUAUAAUCCGUAUGCACAUUUGCUGAAUUGUUCAAGUAUUGUCAGUGGACAUUUGGACAGUAAACUGUUUGGCGAAGAGUCAUGCGACCCGAAUGAUGCUUAUUAUUUACCGAUUCGAUACGACUACGAAAUCAUCAGAUGUGAUGAUAUUUCGAGACGAAUAUCUGCAAGAAAUCAUUUCGAGCGAUGCGUUAAGAAGAUCCUUCCAAGGCAGGAUUUAGUUGAAGAUAAUCACGAUCCGUACGAGAUGUUUUUCAAUCAAGCAAUCAGCAACACAACAACUAUCAAAAAAGUUGUCGAAAUCACUCAAGCAAAAGCAAUGUAUCCCCAACGCUUGUUCAAGGUAGCAGCAAAUUCAAGUAUGGAUUUUCAGUACAUUGUAAAGAAAGUGAUCGUUGAGCGCAAAGUUUGCCCGGAAACAACAAUUGCAGCCGACCCUUGGGAUGUCUUCUUUCAUGCUCUUUAUAAGCCGGAAAAGCCGCAUCGUUACGACGAUCGUUCACUGAUUGAUAUUGAAAAUGUUGUUGACAACGUGAGGCUGCAGAUUGAUUGCAAAGCGUUCGCCGAAUACAAUUACAAUAACGCCGCACAACUUUGCGAUGUUUCUCCAUUGGACGACAACAAUAUUCGACAACAAAUUUCAACAGGCGACAACCAAAAAAUGAGGGUUCCAUCCGAAAAUGUUGAUUAUAAGGAAAAAAUGAGGCUCAGACAAGGGACGGACAAAGAAACGCGAUCCGUUAAAAUAAUGCAAAUUGAUGAUGACAGUGGUGCAUUCUCAAAAACUAAACUCGUUCCUCGAUACCAAAAGAAAAGAGUGAUGUUAAGAGUGGAUCGGAAAGGGACACGUUUUCUACAUUAUCAGACAUCCGGUGAUGAAUCGUGUAAAGAAUGCGAAUUAGUGCGUGAUCAGUUUCGCGGUGAAAUACGACGGUCAAGAGGUGAUAAGAAAUUGAUGAGCGCUGACUCAGAAGAGGUUGCGGCCGCACUGAAUGCACUCCAGAAUGACAGUGCACUCCCGAAACAAUUCUAUUUACCGCAUAUAUCAACCAAUCAAAGUGUACAAACUGUUCAACAAAUUGAAAAAUUCCUCAUGAAACUUGGCUGA